CCUCCGGACACUGCUAGGGAAGCCCCCCAGAUGUUCAUGUGGAGCUUAGGCAGCAUGGACCGCUUUCGUAUUUGGUUCAACCUUGACGGCGGUAUUUAUGAGUUAAUUACAAAUAUCAACCCGUCAUUUCAGCUGUGUGGAGCUUUCUGUUAACGCAUUUCAGAAUGGUUUUUGCCUUUCUUUUGAAUCUUGUUCAGUUUUGAAUGGGUACUAUUACCAUUUGGACCCUUCAAAACCUUUAGGAAGUAUGACAUUAGAAAAAAGUCAUUUGUUUAAUGAUAAAAUAACUUUUCAAAGCAAAGAGACCUACCAACAUUCUGGAUUUAGACUUAAUUUAAUUACCUCUAAAUAAUACAGUUCAUGAUCCUUAUGAAAGCUGACAGUGCAUUUUGCAUGGUGGUUUUAAGCAUUUAAGUGGUUUUGUUGUGCUUUACUAAACUAGUCCAUAUGAACACCACAAAAUGCCAUAAGUGGUUCACUGUUCACAUAAUGUUCACUGUAAUACUAAACAGUGGUGUACUGGAGCACCAUGAUAAAUACCAUACUACUUUUUUUCCCUUGUUCUUAAGGGAAGAGUAACCAAGUAUUAGCUUUCAUGAAAACAAAUGCGAUGUACCACAUGCAUAUUUGCAUAUGAAAAAGACUUCACAGAGAACUGUGAAGGGCAACAAGAUCUCUGCUGCUUUUAAUGCCAGUGUGACAUUUUCAAAAAAGAUUCAAUAACAGAAUUGGAAUGACAACCGAGGACUUGCUCUUAUUAACAGCACUAACACUUCUAUUAGGGAAACCUAAUACGUCCAUAUAAGUCCUUAAGGAUAAGGUAAUCAGAUUAGUUUAAAAUUAAAAAAGUCACUGGUCAGGAAGGCAAACAGUUUCAAAUCACACUUAAAAGCAUCUGAGCCCCCAUGUACUGUAUAUGCAGUGGAAUGCUCUAGGAAGUUUCUUAAAUAAACUGUGUUCCCUACAAUGGAUGUGAGCCAUGCUCAUCUGCUUUAUCAUUUAAUUUUGAGUUUUUCUAAGCUUUUCUGACCUACAAACAAAGAUAUACUGUGUGUUAUUGUGUUUUCUUACAGUCGGUUCACACAAAAUCUUUUUGAAUUGUGUACAAACACACCUGUAACAAGUUAAACGUAAAAAAUUCAGUGGAAAUCCGUGAGACAGGAGAUUAACAUUACAGCCUAAAGUGAAAUAUGUUUAGAAUAUUUUUGGUUUACGUCUUAACCUUCACUGUAGUUCAGUUACCCCAGGUGUUUCUGUAUCGCAGAAUAUUUGGAUAAGUGUCCCAUCAGUCCCCUAACCCUGGCCUCUCUUGGCUGAAGGCACCUCUGUGCCCACACAGCAGAUCUCCCUUCUGAGCUGACGGAGCAUAAUGUUUCUUUGUAGUAGCAGAAGCACUCAAAAUUUGCUGCCCAUACCAAGUGUCGACUGCCAGUCCAAAAAGCAAAAAGCAAUCCAGACUAAAUCCUGGUGAGGAGUAUUUUUCAUCUCACCGGUUUUCCAGAUGUUCACUGAAAACACAAAUUCACCUGGCCACAGUGGAUACCUGAGUACUGGCUGUUGGAUCCUGUGUCACUUGUACAGUAUAUCAUCUGUCCCAACCUCCCAGUAUUGCCUUCAGCCGCCAGCCUCCGCCUUGCUUAUGAACAAGCUGGGUUUGAUCAGUAUUUCUUGAGCUUUAUUAAAAAUGAAUAUUGCAGAACUAAAACAGCUAAAUCCAUCUAGAGGGAUGUGUUCUACGUUUCCAAAAAAUGUCGAACCAGACAAUUGCUCAUCAGUGCACUGUGGCAAGAGAGCAAAUAUAUCUGUUCUAAGCUUUUAAAGAAUGAUGUGCAGCAGUUUAUAUUUAUAUGCAAAAAAUACCUUUUUCAUGAGCUACGGAAACUGAGGAUUCUGUGUGUAGUUGGUGAAUUACUGCAGGCUGUUCCUGUCAUCACAGAUUAUCUCGGUAGUAAAUGACUCGUAAUUAUGCGGGUCAGCACCUGACAGGCUUAAGAAUGGUUUCGGAACUGAGUGUAUUGCAGGGUGAUAAAUGUGAUUAAUAAAUGGCAGUAGCUGCUUACUGUAUGUCAGUGGCAAUCCAACAUAGUGAGGAUGGCUGGGCUUUGAUUGUAUGUGAUAUUGCAGCCCUUCUUGCUUAUCGACAUGAGCUACAUUCUCAUCUGUAACAGGAGCCCUAGUGUCUAUAAUGGGCAUGUGGAGGAAGACGCUCCCACAGCACGCCUCCCCUAGCCUUCCUCCUCCCUCUUUUGGCUUUAAAUUGAGAGGCAGUGCGCAGGUGAUAAAUUGAGACCUUUCUCUGCUGUUCCUAGAAAGCUCACAAAGACAGGCCUGAGCUCCAGUUAUGAACCGGCUCUACUCAUCUGGGAUUCUCCUUGUCGUGUGUCUUCUAGGCUCAGUCUCAGGAGCAGACGCAGAGAACCAGAAAGAGGGAAACUGCACAGGAUGGGAGAUCGAGCUCUACAACAAACUAUCAAGUCAAGAUGACGUUUUCUUAUUCUUUAAAAUAAUUGAGAAAAACCUGACCAUAUUGAGUGACGUCUGCAUCCAGACAUUCAACAAGUCUGUCAACAUCAGCCAUGCCAGGAUGCUGGUGAAAAUGCUGAACAACACAUAUGACAACCUCACCUCCACGGUCAAAAAGGCCGUGUAUGAGUGGAUAGUGAGACUUUACAUCAACACGACAGCUGAUCCCAAGGUCACCGGGCAGGCAAACACGUACCGCUUCUGGAUCACCGCCGACGUCCUGAGGCUGAUGGACCGCUUCCUGCUGCAGGCUCCGCUGUCCACGCUGAGCGGCAUGGUCACCCAGAACCCCACGCCCCUGUACGACGUCUUCAGCAGCGCCGACAACCACUUCAGCUUCUUCUACGAUCUGAAGCAGGCUCAGGCGGACGUCCUGUACGCCGGGCUCAGGAACGCCUGCCGGUGUGACUUCACCUCACCGGGCAACAUCAGCAGGCUGGGUCAGCUGGCCUGUUUCUACCCUGAGAACAGCAGCCCCCUGCAGGCCCCGGCCAUGGACGCCCUGUUCAAGCUGCUGAAUAACUGUAGGAGCAAUGUCAGGCAUAUCUACGAGGACGUGCUGAGCAAGGUGAACGUGGCCGGCUACAACGCCACGCAGCUCAGCAGGCUGUCGGCCGCGGUGGUGGGCCUGUCCGAGGCCCAGCUGACCUCCCUGAAUGCCAGCGCCGUCAAAGGAGCCCUGGACACAUUCGCACAGAACGCCGACUUGUCCGGGUCCCAGAAGGAAGCUCUCCUUUCCUCCGUCAGCGAGGGAAUUAUCCAAGAGGGAAACCUGGGAUCACUGGGCCUCCUCGCCAGCCACCUCAGUUCGGACACCCUGAUGGGGAUCAACGCGUCUGAGUUUCGCAAGGCGUUUCAGAGCCCCUGCUUCGCGCGCUCCAUCGAGGGCAUGGAGCCGGUGCAGAAGAAGGCCAUUCUCCUCUCCAUCUUGAAAAGCACCAACCUCAGUGAAGCUCUGUCCUUCAUCCCGCCCUCGCUGAUCUCCGUAGUGCCCUGCACGGACCUCAGGGCUCUGGGGAAUUUCAGCUCCAACUGGACCAACGCAUUUCCCUGGAACAAAGCACAGGCUAUCGUGGUCAUGGAGAAGGUUUUCUCUUCCCUGAAGACUACAAAUGACUUCAGGGCACUGCUGCACGCUGUCAGAGGCCUCACCUGCACCCAGAUCCAGAGCAUGACCAAGUCGCAGCUGGAGGCUGUGUCCGCCAGCCCGUUCCUGUCCCGGGACCAGGUGCGCUGCGCCAGCGCCUCUUACUACAGGAAGCUCAAAACCCCGGACAACAUGACAGAGGCGAAGCUGAAGAACACCCCCCCGAGCUUUCUGGUCUACGCGCAAUCUUUUGCGGCCACGGUGAACAACAUCCCCAGACUGCUCUGCUCUUCCGUAGUUGACCUGCUGGCCAGAGCCAGCCCUGCCCUCCUCACCAGGAACUCCCCCAGACGGGCAGAGAUCCUCAGCUACAUCAUGGCCUGCUACAACGCCACGAACGCGAGCGGGCUGAGCCUGCAGCAGAUCAACAGCCUGGGCGGGGCCGCGUGCUUCCUGGGCCAGGAGGACAUCGGCGCCCUGAGCGCAGCCCAGUUCAGGGAGGCCGCGGACCAGCUGAGCGACUGUGGCGAGCCUGAGCCCAGCGUGAAAACCGCCCUGCUGGAGAAGAUCACUGCCGUCUACGGAGACGUUCCCCACUGGCGCGCGGCCACGCUGAUGCAGCUGCGGUCCCUGGUCAUGCUCUUUGACCUGAGGUUCCUGUACAAGCUCCCUGUGUCGGUGGAGCUGAAGGAAGGCCUGGCCCUCCUGCUGCCCCAGAGACGGGCGCCGGGCGGCUUCGUGCCGGAGAAGCUCCACUUCGCGUACGACUCCAGCAGCGUGAGCCAGCUCUACGCCAAGAUGGUCCUGCGUCUGGCGGCCGUGGACACCAUGUUCAAGAGAGAUAUCUGCUCCAAGGUCCCUACCACGCUGCAGAUCAAGGCGAUAGGGAACGGAAACAGCAUCUUAACUCCCGCCCAGCUGGAGUGCCUGGACACCAACACCUUCCAGGCCUCCCUGGAGGUGCUGGCGUCGGUGCCCGGCUUCAGCCCCCUGCAGCUGGCUGCCCUGAAGACCGUGGCUCUGAAGGCCUUCCCCGAGCCGGCUGACGAGGACAUCGCCGCCCUGAAGAGAAUCACCCUGGCCUUCACCUCGAACGACGUCAGCCAGUCCAUCACGAUGAUCUCCAUCGACACCCUGUCCUCCAUCGGGCAGUACAGGGACUGGCUGAACAACCUAAGAGUGGCAAAAGAGAUCUUGGCCAUCUUUCUCAAAGACAACCCUGUCAACACCUUAACCAGCAGACAACUGAUAGGUCUCAAAUACUUCCUGUGCGCUUUCACUGCAGACCAGGUCAAACAGCUGUCCGCUGAGGAAUACAGUGCCGCGGCUCGUGAAAUCGGCCAGCUCGAGUGCCCCGCGGAGGUGCUGCUGGCCCUGCAGGAAAAGGCUGUGGAGGCCUACGGAGACCCCAGCCUGUGGACUAAGGAUGAGAUGGACACUGUGGGCACUGUCACAGCUUCCCUGAACAGCACACAGAUCAGCAGCAUCAGCGCAGGCACCCUGAGUUACAUCACCCCUGAGGCGAUCUCACUCAUCCCUUCCAGUGUGUUCAGGGUAAGAGCGGGCCCGGCCCUGCUGGGGGGGUCCGUGCAGUGUUGAAGACCAGCGGCAGGCAGGCCCUAGUCAAGGGUGAGCAGGACGUGCAGCAGGAAGGAAAUGAGCUCGCAGCUUCCAGUGCAUCGGGAGAAGGCUGUCUCCGAGGAUUGACAGCUCCGGGAUCCAGCCCAAAACCAAGAAUCCAGGCAGCUUCUUGUCUUGAUGCUGCACAUGACAGCAAAAAAGGGGACAAAUUAACAUAACAUCACUUUAUUAACCCUAUACAGUUUCUUGCAUGAGGAAUUUG